AUGACAACACCACCAUCAUCAUAUAAAGGUGGACGUUCAUCUUCCAUCCCAAUGAAAUCAAACAACAUUGGAGCCAAUCAGCCAAACGGUAGUCCAUCAUUCUAUCGUAAACCAAGAUCAUUCAAUCCAAAUCAUCAUAAUAACUCUGGAGCACCACGUAGUAGAUAUAAUAACACUAAUAAUAUAAAUAGCAAUAGUAAUAAUAACGAUUCAACACCAACUACACCACCACCAGAAAAUGCUUUAUCACAGGCUACCACCACUACUACUGCCAAUGGAGAAGAGACAACCAGCAGCAGCAGCAGCACUACCACACCAGUAAAUAUUACAUAUAGUUUACACUCUCUGUUAGAAAUGCCAGAGAACGAUGCCAAAGAAAUAAUAGGAACAGAGAUAUACAAUAUCGUCACCAUGAAAUAUCCAAACCAAGCGCCAAAAAUCACUGGAAUGAUUAUGAGCUCACAUGAACUCAAGGAACUCUAUGAGAUGGUUGUCAACGGUGAAGUUCACAACAAGAUAGAACAAGCACAAUCUCUCAUCGACAGCCAACAACAACAACAACCACAACAACCAACUUCCAUUGCUGCCAACUAA